GUUUAGACGUUCACGACGCGUUCCAACGGCUCCAAUGCAGUGACAACGUGCAUGCAACCAUACAAAAACAACAACAAGAUAAAAUUAAUAUUUUUCGAAAUGAUAAAAACGCGCGCGUGUUUAAACAAAUUGAAUUGAGAUAGCGGUACUCUGUUUAAUGCAACCGCAAUUAGAUGUGCGCUUCCUCGUUCUCGCACAUUUCCGAGUUGUUGUUGCGAAAUACUUUAAUGAAAAAAAAAAAAGUAAUUAACGAAAAUUUGGCGCGAAACUGCUAAGUGACAGCAUAAUUUUUAAGAAAUUCAGUUUUUGUGAAAAUCAAUUUUUUUGCCGCGCGUUGCCGGAUUGCAUCGAGCUGUUAAUUGCCGCGCUAUCCAAACCAAUCGCCAUAAUUUUCCAAAAAUAUUGCGUGUUUUAAGGCAAAUCAAAACAGCGUUAUAAAAAUAAUAAAGUUAUAUAAAUGAUUUUAAUGCUUUAAAGCGAAACAACAACAACAAAUUGCUAAUAUUUGCCGCGCAGCAACAGUGAAAAUGUCCAUGCCACAACAGCACCGGGACUGCUUGGACUUAUGCUGGCGUUGGUUGCGCUUGAAAGUGGCGUUUGCCUAUGCAAAUUUCAACUACUAAAGCAAAGCAAACAAGAACCAGCGACAACAACAACUAAAGUACACUUAAAGUGCAUUUGGAAAAUAAAUAAAUAAAUACAGUGGCGGAGAAAAGAGUGCGCGCCGCGUACGCGAGUAUAUAGUGCAUCGUAAAAAUUUUGUGAAGUAGUGGCGGCAAAUUGUUGAGCGCAAUUAUAGAAACAACCAACGCCAACAACAAUAACAACAACAAGCGCCAAAGAAAUAAUAAUUAAAAGCUCUUCAGCUGCCGCAGUGGCACACUUCCACAGGCAAAUAAGACGAGUAGUCGGUCGGUCGGCAGCGCUGACAUGCGCCGCGACGACGCACACCUCAACGACAGCAAAAUUAACCACAACAACAAUAGCAACAGCGGCUGUAAAUAAACAAAUAGGAUUUGCAAAUUGGAAAUGUUAAUUGAUCGCCGAAUGAAUGUCGAAUCAGUUCAGGCUGCUGCUUUUUAUUGUGGUGAUUUCGGGUGCAUUAUGUACAGUAGAAGAUUAUGUAAUAAUGUCACAGUGUGCACACAACAAAGCCAUACAUGUAGCUGCGGAAGGAACAGUCUCAGUGACAGACAUUUCACAGACACAAAAUAUAACGAUAGUCGGCCUCCCGGACUAUGUGAACAACAAUCUCAAAAUAGCACUGUACGCAAAAGAAACACAACGGUAUCUGUGUUUCAACGAUCAGUGGAAACUAGUUGGAAUGAAAGAACUGCGCGACACCUGCUACUUCAACGAAACCAUCGUACACGGUUAUUUCGUGUUUCGUUCCGUAGUCGAUCUGCAGCGACGUGUCGGCUUCACGCACCGAGGUAAGGCGGUCGGGCCGAAGAAGAAUGUCAACGACGCCUGCUAUCUGUUCACGAAGAUACAAGCCGAUCAGUUUUUCCAUCAGCACACCGAUUAUUUUGCACCGAAAUCGAAGAGCACCAAAAUCAUCAGCGGCAUUGGCACCGCACCGCAAACCACAACCGCCACACACACAACAUCAGGAGCCUCAGCGCGUUCCGCGUCGCAGCGAGCAGCGCUCUCGGCCGCCGCCACAACGGCGACUGUCACGGCGACAGCGGCGCAACGCAAUUACAACAGUAACAACAGGCUGUUGCGUACCAACAGCAAGAAUAAGCGAGUGAAUGGCGUGCGAAGCAGCAAUAGCAACAACAACAAUAGGAGCAGUAACAAUAACCAAAAUGAAGAGUACACUAAUGGCCAUAGUAGCAAUUUAAGCAGCAGCAGCAACAAUAAUAACAACAACAGCAAUCAGAGCAGUAAUAUUAACCACAAUAGCAGCAGUAAUUUAGUUAGCAAUAGUCAGCAGCAAGUAGAUUUAAGUCAGCAAAGGCAACACAGCAACAACAGUAAUGGCCGCACACGCGAACACGUGCGUCAGCAACAACAGCAUCAAGUGCGGCAUCAUCACAACGAUCCGAAUUUGAUAGCACGUCGCCAGCACCACGAGCACAAACAGAAACGGCGGCAGCAUCAGCGCCAGCAGCAGCGCCUGCGCAGCGGCAAAAUAACUAGUCCAGCAACAACAACAGUGGCGCAAGAACGCGCCACAGCGACAACAACGACGAGAGCUAUUUAUAGCACGACAGCAGCAGGCGCAGUAGCGCACAGCAGCCAUCACCAUGAACAAGACGCGCGGCAUGAACCGCAAGCGGCGACCGUUGCCAAUGUCGCAGCCAAAGCUGCAACGGCAACGUCAAUAGUCAUGAAGUCAACCACAACUAUUGCCAAUAAGCGCAAGGGACGACGAAGAAAGGGACGUAAGCAACGAAAGCAACAACAACCACAGCGCGCGCAACAACAAAUGUUGCCGCUCGUAGCGCGUGAGCAUACGAAGGCCGCGCACACACCAACGCCAACCACUUGGAUGUGGAGCGAUUCGCCAACGCCACCGCUCUCGUCACUGUCAACGCAAAUGCUAGCCGAUGUGCCGAGCAGUCUAUCGCCCGCAACAACAUUUGGCGAUUACAGCGGUGAAUGGCAGACCUCAAUGCCAACAAACGUUGACGCGACGUCCGUCGACACCGCAGCGCCUUCAUCUUCAACACCAACUCUGUCGACGCUGGUGGCAUCGGAUACACCUACACCAAUAUACUUGGGCUCAACGACCGACCUGAGCGAUGGCGCGUCGUCGCUCACGCCAACAAGCGAUUACAACAACAGCACAGAUUUCACGAGCGAUUCUCCAGCGGAUGAGGAGUCGUCGCUGAACGCUACCUUUAUUACUGAAAUCAAUGAGAGCAGAAUGUGGCCUGAUCCUACAAUAGCCGUAGACGAGCAAUUAAACAGUAUUACUUCCGAACAACAACAACACUUUACAACACAAAAUGUGGCAACGCCAGUGUCAACAGCGGAGUCCAUCGCGCCUACAUCAACCACGUGGUCAGAGAGUAGUGAGCAGAAUUGGUCAUCAAGCACAACAACUAAUGACACUGAUGACCUUGAAACGGUGUUCCCCUCUCCCACAGCAAUCGUCGACACUGAAAGCGUGGCAGUCACCGCAAUUUUCUCAGAGGAUGCCAAUGUAACAGAAGAGACGCAAACCGUUGCUGAGGCCACCGAUUUAUAUGCAACAAUCAAUUCUACCUCCAGGGAAAUUGAAGCAGAAAGUAGCAGCAACACCUACAACGACGAUGGCAACACCGAAGCACUGACGGAAGUCAGCGACUUGCAGAGUACAACAACUGCACAGCAAAAAGUCUAUAGCUUACCGACUGAACGUGGCAAUAUCGGCCACAUGUGGCGAAAGCAAUCCGGCAUCGCGGCGAGCAUAGCCACACUGCUGCACCAACAAUUGUUGGCGACUAGUGCCAGCAGCGGCAACGUGUACGCCUGGCGCCCGCAGCGUGGCGAAGAAUACUCAGAUGAAAUAAUCGUGGCUACAGGACGACCAGUCGCCGCAGAGCUAGAAACGACAACCGAUAUUGCUUCGGGCGACCGUGCAACAUGGUGGCAACAUCAUAUGAAUCACAGCGGGACGAACUUUUGGGACAAAGGCAUUGCUGAUGAGGUGCCGAGCAACGGCGACGAUGCCGAUUUGGACUGGCUGAAGCACCUCACCAAGCAACGAACUGCCAGCAAGCGCAGGCAUAACAACCGCAAGGCCAACAUCAACAGCAGCAGAGGUGAUGAGGCAGUAUCCCAGCCACCUUUGCAAGCAUUGUCGACGAGCGUUUCUAGCCUUAGUUUUGGCAAGAAAUAUGUGGCGGAAGGCAAAUCACAACGACCAAGCAGCAAAGCGCAUAGCGGAAGCAACAAAUUGCCAGCAGCAACAACAACAGCGCACGAGUACAGCAGCACUGUGGCAACAUCGCGCGCCAGCAGUGCAACAACGCGCAGCUCGGGUGUUAUUACUCCCGCAACAACAAACGCAAUAAUGAAUGACAAAACAUUGGCAACAACAACGACAACACAACACCUAUACGCACUGCAGCAAUUGCUGGGCAAUAAAACUAUUUUGCCGCUAUACAAUCCACCGUCGUUGGUGCACUUCGAUGGUAACAGCAAUCACUUGGCACACACACAUACACCCACAGCAAGCACGCUCAGCACAUCCACUUCCGCCGCUGCGCCCACUUCAACGACCGUAGCCGGCGACGCGACAACUGCCGUCGCAGCGUCAACCACCAAAAAGUCGAUACGCAUCUCAACGCAGAAGUUGCUGGCCACGCCCUUUCAUCAGCUGACCUACGUGCGCAACAACGCCGGUGACAUUGACAUCGACAACAUGGACAACAUCAGCGUCUAUCCGGAUCUGCUUGAGGAAUCUGGCGAGCUGGCGGAACAGCGCUCGACGGAGCGCGCCGAAACCGACGCAACGCGCAAUAGUCGGCUGACAAUCGUUAGCGGUUAUCUGCCAACUUCGGCGACAGCGACGUUACCCGAAUCGAUACGACUUGCCAAAGUCAAGAUAAAUAAAGAGAGGAAGCGUAUGAUGAGCUUGCGAAAAAGGCAUAGCAGGCGACACGCGUAGUCGUGGUUUGCGAAAAUUCGAAUGAGCAUUUAGCAACUUGUUAUGUCUAGAGUUCUUAAACUUAACCUCAAGCUUACGAAGUAGCGCUUUGAAAACCAGAAAUGCCUAGCAGCUUAAAAGCUUUACAAAUUUUUUCGCUAAAUAUCACAAACAAGUACUCGGCGCUACCUAAAAUUAUUUUAAAUUGCAUGUAAAAUCACAAAGCUUGCAAGCUUUUAGUGACGCUUUUCAAAAUUUUUCACCAAAGUUUUGGAUUUUCUAAAAAGUUCGCAGUGAGUUCAUGUCAAGUCAUGCGGUCUAAAAAAUUUUAAAAUAUUGCCAAAGCGCUUACUUUACAUUAGUAUACCGAAGCAGGGAGUGAAAGCUUAAAACGUUGUAUGAAAGCUUAAAACGAUGUAUGAAAGCUUAUAAAUGAAAGCUUGUGCUUAUACAGCUUUCUCUUUGCUAACAAAAAUCAGACUUGUUUGCAUCAGCAGACCGUAGCAGGCAGUGAAAGCUUAAAACGAUGCAUGAAAGCUUAGUAACGAAAGCUUUUGCUUGUGCAGCUUUCUUUCUGUUAAGACAAGUUAGGCUUGGUAAUAAAGUAAAACAAUUUAUUCUUAAAAAUAGUUGCGGUUUAAGAUUUGUACUGAAAUAUAAACUGUGUAAAAAUUAUUGAGAACCCACAAUAUAUGUUGCAUAAAUAUUAUAUCUUAUAGAUAUUAGAAAUAAACAGUUUUUUAGCGAAUGUUUUGGUACACAGCGUUAGCAGACGAAUCAAUUUCAUAUUUCACAGCGAAAAAUCACAUAAUUUCACGAAACACCGAACACGACGCAGAGCCGAAUUCAUGCAAACACGAAUUGCACGAACGCUGCGUACUCGCAUACGAAAAUACACGUUUUUGAACGCCACAAACAAUUUCGGACGCAUUACUGGGUUGCAGAACAAAGCGCAAGACCGUUGAUAACUGUAAACACUGAAUAGUUUAUUAGACAAUGUUUAAGGCAUAUUUUGUUGCAGUAAAUUAAAAACAAAUGAGACAAUAAACAGCUGGCAUAUGUAGUUUAUGGCUAAAAAAUAUAUGUAUCGAGGCAGAGUGAAGCAAACGACGCCAAUACAGAGGCGAAGGAAGUAACGAAUAAGCUCGAAAAAAUACAUAUCGUCACCUAAAGUGCAAAACAAUGAUCAUCAAAAAAAUGAAAAUCGUUUACAGAUAUGAUAACCAAAAUAUUACCCUUUUAUAACCCAAAUAUGAGUGUAUGAUAACCAAAAUAUAACCGUUUGGUAACCAAAACUCAAUUUUUGGUUUUAUAUUUGUUUUUUAUUAUAACGUUUUUUCUUCGCCUGUUAUUUUGCAUUUUAGGUGACGAUAUACAUACAUAUGUAUAUUCAAAAUUCUACUUCUGAAAAUAAACAGAAAAUAAAAAUAAAUAAAUAGAUCGUAGAGCAAAGCAUUUUUGACAGAAAUUAUUAUUAAAGCGUUAAAUGUGCUUUUUGAUAUAUGCAGAAAGCUAACUAUACGAAUAUAAGUGCAUAAAUAUAGUAACAGAAGAAUUAGUAUUUAAUAAAUGUUUGAAAUUUGCACGAUUAAGCCUUGGCGAAGCGAAAAAAUAUUUACCUAAAAUAAAUAGAACUAAACUACAGCAAAAAACAGUAAUUUCAACUGAGAAACGAACGUUUUAUCAACUAAAUCGCACACAGUAACACUUCCAAAAUACCAAGAAAAAUAUAUAUACGAAAACAUAGUGAAACAAUUUGAAAAAAAUAAAAUAUAAAAAUCAUAUUAAAUUGUUUGCAAAUUUAACUAAACCGAUAAUGCAAAAUAUACCUUUGCAAAAACGAAAAAUGCUUGGGUUGAAAAUAUAAAAGCAUCAAUUUAGUAAAACGAGCAUUAUUUAUUUGAGAACAGUGGUCAAAUAUACAAGAAUUGAAGUUAUAAAAAUGCAAAAAAAAAAAUAUCAAAAAAACGGAAAAAAUUAUAGUACGAAGCAGAUUUUCCUAUAAUUACAGCAAUAAUUAACCACAGCAAAGAAAUAUUAAACAUUUUGCAUUAAACCAAAAACGAAAAAUAAAGAAUUUAGACUUUUGCAAGCAUACUAGGCGAAAAAUUAUAUACAAUUAAAAACAAUUUAAUAUAGCAAACACUUAAGGGAACUAUUUAUUAAAGGCGAAUUAUAGCAACUACUUAAUUAGAUGAAUAAAUUUAUUAAAAAAUUAAUAUUAAAAACAAAUGAGAAUCAAUUUCAUAUAGUAUUGCAGAAAAAAUUUCCAAAACAUGAAAGUAUGCAGGCGAUAAAAUACUUUGGAUUAAUUAAAAAGCAACUGAAAUAGGAAACUUUAAUAAUUUUGAAAGUUAAAAAUACACAGAAGCUGAAAACUGCUUUUGUAUUAAAACAUUUUGAAAAUUUAAAAAGCCACUGAAAUAGAAAACCGCUUUUGUAUUAAAUAAUUUCGAAGGUUUUACUUUUUUUAUAUUUUCGGUGUUUUUGUAAUUUAUAUGAGAGACAAAUUAUAUGCAGCGGGUGCACAAAAACAAAGUUAUGAGCUCUGAAAAGAGCAAAACUGUGCGCUGAUUGGUCGGAUUAACGCAUUGCGCCUGACUUACUCAAAAGAAGAGUAAUGCACAAAGCAAAAUUAUGGUGAAAAGAGCGAAACUGUGCGCUGAUUGGUCAGGCUGAAGCUCUGCACUUGACUCACGCAUACCAGCAAAAGUAAUGCACAAAGCAAAAUUAUAGAGAAAAGAGCGCAACUGUGCGCUGAUUGGUUGACCACUGAAUUAACGUACUUGGCUUGGUUUGCGUGGCAUAAAUCGCAACUACGAUUGUUCGACACUUUCAAACAAAAAUCAGUGCAGGCUCAGCUUGCAAAUAGACAUAUAUUUUCUACAUGAUUUCGAAAUUUAACUAAUUUUUAAUAGACCGUUAAACAAAUAUUUAAUAUGGACUUCACUAACAGAAGUAUCAACAAAAACUAUAACAACACAUUUAAAUAAAGGAAAAAUAUUACAAAGUUAAAAAAAGAUGUUACCAAAACAAAUUUGUUGCUCGAAUAUUUAUUAACACUUACAUACAUAUAUAACAGCAGAAGAAGUGUGUAUUAUUUAUAACCGAAUUGAAAACCAAAAACUAACCGAAAUCCUAAAGUAACAAAAACGAGCUGUUUCAUGACUUCAAAACCACAGAACCUGAGGAAUAUAUAUAUAUAUAUACUAUAUAUAAUAAUGAAGACUUAACCAAACGAGAAAUGGAAUGUUGAGAAAAACUACUUUAUAGUUAAUAAAAUUAAUUUCCAUUUCCACUAAAAAUUACACUUAAAAUUAAGCCUAAACGUAAAAAUAAAAAAAGCGUAUGAAUUUGUAUAGACGAGCGUACGGCAUAAUGAAAUUAAUUAGUACAUAAUUAAAUAUGGUUACGUAUAUGUAAUAACACGUGUACUUGAAGCUGCUAUGGUGGAAAUGUAGGAACUGCUAAUACUUGAAAAAUAUAUGGAGAACUACUAAGACACAAGAAGAGUGUAUAAAGAACAUUGAAGCACAGUUUUAAAGCCAAGCGUGUGCAUAAGAUUGAAUAAAACAAAUAGGCAGCAACUGAAACGUAAUACAUUGUAAAAAUAGCGCUUAGAUUUAUUUUUAGUUUUAAUUAUAAUUUUCACAAAUUUUAUUUUAGUUUUUUUUUUCCUUAGACACGUUUUGCUAACUCUACUGUUAAUGUAAUGCAUAAAAAAUAGUGUAUUAACGCUUUUUUUGUAUUGUAAUAAAUAUAUAUUUUUCACUUAACCCAAAAUAGGUAUUUAAACUAGUUGAGAAUCUAAACAAUAAGCAAAGGAAAAUAUGCAGAAAAUACGAAAAAAAUAUUCAUUCACACACUUCAGUUAACUACUAAUUGCAUAAGGCUUAGACAUUUAUAGGAAUAAAUAUGUAUGUAGAGUAUUAAAAUGAAUGGAAAACGACAGAAGUGUAAUGCAGCAGGUACUAUGAGUAAAAAAAAAAAGAAAUGAUUAAUGGAAACAAAUAUGCUGGUUAUAAAUAUUGUAGCAUAAAAGUGAAGUGAAAUCUAACGACUAAACAAUAAAAAAACAAGAAAAACAAAACGAAAAUGUUUUAAACGCCAAUAUUUGUAAAUUAAUUUUGCUGCCUCAAAAUAUAUAAAUAUGUAUGUAUUUAACACAUAAUUAACUAUUAUCUAUACACCAACAGCUAACCAAACUUUACAUUAUUUAAACUAGCUAUGCAUAUUUUUCGCACACAACUGCAGAUGUCGCAAUAAUUUAAUACUUUUUUUCCGAUUUUUUUUCUAAUUUUUUUCCUAAUUUUUUUCCUAGUUUUUUUCCUAUUUUUCCCCCUAUUUUUUUCAAACUUUUUUUUCAAAUUUUUUUUCCUAAUUUUUUUUCCUAAAUUUUCCCCUAAUUUUUUUCAUAAUUUUUUUUUUAACAAUUUCCAGUCUAACUAUUGCUUUGCGGUUUAUUACUCACUCACAGACACUCUACUCUCUAUUCGCAAACCUACAGCAAGCACUUUUCAUGCGCGCUUUCACAACGCACGAGCUUUAUAGAAGCUUUCACUCAUCUACCACGGCAUACCACACAAAUUCACUUUGUAGAUAAUUUUCCUUAGUUUUUAAAUAAAAUAAAUAACUACUACGACUAACUUUGUUUAGUUCAACUAUUAAUUAAUUUAUAUUUAAUUUGUUUUAUUUUAAUUGUAUAAUUAAUGAAUAAUUAUUUAUGUGUAGAAAAGAAAGCGCCGCAACUGCUAAAUAAAAUCAAAUAUAUAUAAAAUACUAAUGCCAUGAUUUUUUUAUUAAUUUUCUUGAAGAAAUAUUUUCAUUUAUAAUUUAUUUAAAUUGAAAGCCACAAACACUUUUACUUUAUAUAAAUUUAAAAAAAAUAUAUAUAAUUUAUAGAAUUGAAAAAUUACAAAUUUUUUUCUUUUCUUUGGUCACACUAAUGUUAAAAAUCUACGCAUUCUUACACAAUAAAACUAAAAUUGCAACAACAAUUACUGCAUAACGAAAAACUAAGAAAAAAUUGAUAUUUACUCAAAUGAAGAAAUGCGUACAGCAAACCCUAUUAAUUCGCAAGUAAUUAUAAUGAAAAUAUAUAAAAAGGUAUUUAAUGAAACGAAUUCUUAGUUACUACGUUAAUUUUCAAGGGCAUAAGAAUUUAUGACAAACGUAAAAUAAUUGAAAAGUGAAAAACUGGAAGAGAUAACUGCGUAUAAAUAAAUUUAAUAUUGAAAAAUAUUAACAAAAAAUCAA